AUGGAGUAUGAUUAUUUACUCAAGAAUCACAGGCCAGAGGUCAUUGACGCACUUAACGAAUAUGCAUCAGGGAGUGUCGAACAUGGGCUUGGUGACCUCCUGACGCCCUCCACGUUGAAUAGCUGUCCACAGCGCCAGCUGCUGAUGCCAGCGGUAUACCAUUUCGAUAGCUGGCUUGGUCCAUUGAAAGACCUCCGUGGAAAAGGUUUUCAAAAACAGGGCUACGUCUGCUUGCUCAGGCCCUUCCACCUUUUCACGAGUGGGUAUCCGACACUGCAGUUUCCGCACACGAAGUCAAUAACAGCUGCAGUCCUCACAGCUCCACCUGCUCUUCAGCCGGUGUCCGCACUCGGGGCCGGAGCGGAAGUUCAACAAGGAAAUAUACUACAUUACCUGACUGCUACUUACCAUUCCUGGAUGCAGCCAAUUCCUGCAAAUCAGCAAGCGAUUGCCUUGGUGGCGCUUGCGUCUACAGUAUCAAUCAAAUGCAAAGAGUCUGUUGUGAACCGAAGAAAGGCAGCGUUCAGCCGG